AUGUCGGGGAAUUACGACUACCCACCGGCCUCGGGCCGUCCAGAUCGCAGCUCGACGUCGGAAAGGACGCAGCAGGGUCGCCAGUCGCCCUACCUAAACAAUCUACGAGACUUUUUAUCACAAAGAAAUCCGGAGAGGGAGCCAUCGGCCAUGACUCGUGGAUUGGAAGCGCUGAUUCAAGAAGUCGAGCAGUCGCAGGUGGACCGGACUCGGAACCGAUCAACCUUUGAACAGGAUCUAGACGAUUCAUCAACAGCAACUUCCGAUCAGGCCCGACGUCGAGGAGGUCAGAACCACGAGCGAGAUGGGAACUCGGGUGUAAAUUAUUCAGAAGUCAUGGACCAGGAAUCCGAUUCCUCCAACCAUCGGCCAAGAAUGUGGAUCAGACCCAGCGCCCCUUUGGCAAGGCUCGGGUCAUUUUUGGGCGAAGACUCUGGAUCUGAAUUGCAGCAAUUAGCUGCGAAUAUUCGAGAAUCCAAUGCCUCUAUUGCAUCUAUGAUUGGUGAAGCUUUUCCUCGCUCAGAGUCUCCAAUGCCGUUACUGAACCCCGCUUCCUACUAUGGACCUCAUCACCCUCCUAAUUGGGAUGAAACCCGGCCCCAGUCAGAUUCUCCUGGUUCUAUAGCACAUCGAUGGAGGGCCAAAAGACGCAAACUCGACUCUGAUGAUCACCGUGAAGGGUUGAGUGGAUUCAGUUACGGUCAUUAUGGGCAGGUCGUUCCGGGCUUGUUAAAAAUGGAAAUUGCGAGUUGCGAUGGGGGGAGCUACUAUGACGACAACGGAGAAAGCUCUUGGCCAGGGAAUGUCCUCUUGGACGACUCGUCGGUCUACUGCACCAAGAAAGGCAACUGUAAUCUCAUAUUGAAACAUCGUGGGGGAGCCCCUUUUUCUCUUAAACGGAUUGUCAUCAGGGCACCUAAGAAAGGGUUUGACGCUGCGAUCCAAGAAGGCAUGGUAUUUGUUUCUAUGACUUCUGACGAACUACUCGAAAGAACCGCACAGUAUCAAAUCCAGUAUUCGUCUCGGAAUAGAAGAGGCCAUCGUUCCAGACGGCAAUACGCCCUGCCCUCUCAGGAGUACAUGAAUGCUUACCGAAGCCCUCUUCAAACAAUCGAACGAUCCGAUAACUCGGCUGGCUUGGAGUCUAGAGACACGUCGAAUGAAACGAUGCCGCUGGCGCCGCCUAGCAAUAUAGAACCGCAGUUCAGAGUCACUACAGAAAACGAGGAUAAUUCCGACGUCGGGCCGCCCGAUAACCAAGAGAACAACAACGAUUUGCCGCCACGAUUCCUUUACUUUAAUCAAGACGGCGAACUGCUUUGUCCUGAGGAAGCCGGAGACGAGACUGACACCGGCAACGGCAACGACAACGACAACGCUGGCGGUGACGGCGAGGAAGGGGAAACGACAGCGUUCAACCGUGGUCGUUUCGACAUGCGUCGCCGGAUUCGCAGCCAGCGCAACCAGCACGCUAUCCAUCGUAGCCGGUUAACCGCGCCCAGUCGCAUAGAGCCCGUGGCGGGCUUUGAAGGAUCUACUGCUUCUGAGGCUCCAGAAGUCAUGAAACCGCACGCGCGGUUCUUUAUUGAGCGCGAAAAGAGCAUGGUUAAUAUCAAAUUUGACCCUCCACCGGCUGGCCGUUUCGUUCUCAUCAAGUUAUGGAGUCCUUAUAGUGGAGGUAACAUUGACAUUGAGAGCGUCAUGGUUCAUGGAUUCUCUGGGACUCGGUAUUUUGCUUCUUUGGAACCUCGAUAG